AUGGAAGAAUCAUUUAAGGAGGUGUUUGGAGAGAUAAACAAGCUUAUCUCAGAGGGGGAAAUUGAUGUUGAGGGGGAAAUUGAUGUUGAGGGAGAAAAGAUUCAGCUGGAAUUUUUUCUUGGUGGUGACUAUAAGGUAGUAUUAUGUCACAAAUUUAUUAAUAACAAUGAAAUCAUGUACAGUGCAGUAACUGUUAUAUUUGCCAUAUCAAUAUUCUCUCAGCUGAAGAGAAUAAAAAUGCCCACAAUCUUCUCCUGCAUAUAAUUUAACAAGUUGAGAUCAUUAUUGAGAAGCUGUUGUGAUUAGUCCUUAGGCCAAUUGUACAAUACAUUGUUUUGUAAUAUACAAAAUAUGCUUUUAUUUUGUAGUUCUUGCUGGCAAUACUUGGAAAUGAAUGCUGCUAAUUCAAUAUUUGCAUGCAUUUAUUGUAAAAUUCCUAAACAAUUAAGGUAUAAAUUGACUGUGUUUUGUAUGUUGUAUUGAUGUAAAAGACUUACAAAUUCACAACGCCGGUGAGAGGAGGGGCAGGGAUGGCCAGAGUGUUAAUAGGCUCCAGGAAAUCCAUGGUAUGCCAUCAGCUUGAGGUCAAUGGGGCUAGGGGUCUGUGUUCAUCAAUUUGUCCCAGGCCCCAUGGUUGGUUCUUGCUGGCUUUACAAAAAGAUUUAUUUUGCUUUUCAUUAUAUUCAUUUUUAGGUGGGACAUGUCAAAGGUAGAAGAUUACUACUGGAAUGAUGAGAUGUGAAGAACACUUGAAGACAUAGUGCUGUGUUGUACAAAGAAGAAGGACAACUUUGGUUGUAUUUUGCCUCCAUUGUUGAAUAUAAAGCUGAAUAAUGUUAGGGUUGAUGAGCUCCACCUUUUACUAAGAAUAACAGGUAUGUACAAAUACUACACAUCUAUUUUUUGCAAAUUUGGUUGAAAUAGACAGUAGACAUGUAGUACUGUACAUUUAUUUUUUACAAUUAUGUAAUAUUUCCAGAUGUCCUGGAAAAGAACAUUAUCAUCAACACAGUGCAAUGGGACCUCAGCGACAACAAGGAUAAACGAGGAAAAGAUCCCAAAGGAGUUCACUUAACCACCCAUGUUAAAGCCAUCAACGAGUGUGGAAUUCCUUUCAAGGUGUGGGAGAAACCCGAUAAUAAUGGGAAAAAGACCAGCAGAUAUGAUUGGAGAAGUUUGGUGGGACAGGAGAAGAAAUUGCUUGAGGAAUUGCCCAAAAAAUUUGCCCAAGUGUUGCGACCGGACAUAUGCGACACAGUGACAAAAAUAUGGAAGGUAGGUUUCCAGCAAAAACUAUGCAGUAGUGGUCUCUACAUGCGCCCUCGUCACAAACAGAACAAUUUUUUUUAACUAGGCUAUGUACUGUAUGAUGACAUCUCACUUUUUUACACAUUUGCAGGAUUUUGGAAAGUUGUACAAAACUGUAACACAUUGGGCACCAACAAGGGAAGAGCAGGAAUCUUUUUUCAAGCAGGUAAUACUCCUGUUGUAAUGCUGUAUGACUCAUAUCUAGAUGCAAAGUCUGAAGUAGAUGACUUAACUGUCAUCUAUAAUUAUGUUAUUCCAACAAUCCUAACCCCUAGACAAGUACUAAAAAGUCUUUGGCUAAAAUGUUUAAUAUGAAAGGCAGCUGCCACAAUAUGGCAGAUGAUUGGAUUAAUGUCUUUCUCAGUUUGAAAGACAAGCAAGAUGGAUACAGCAAAGAAAAUGUAACACCCUAUGUGCACAUGCUGGUCUAUCAUGUCCCAAGGUUCUUGUCAGAUGUUGAUGGGAUGAAGAUUUUCACAGGUCAAGGUGUUGAAAGGACUAAUGUGGUACGGUCAAUCUACGACAAGAAGUGUAACAAACAUGACGCCUUGCCUGUAAGGAUUCGCUGCUGGCCCUUAAACGUCUGGACCACCUUGCAGACUAUCAAGUGCAACCAAAUACCUACUUGA